AUGGUUGUAUUUUGUACGAAUUUAUACAUUGAUCGUAUAUCCCACAAAUUCGAUCGUAGUAGAGACUUAAAUAAAACUGACGAGGAUGAAAAAAAAUGUUUACUUGGAUUACUCAUUUUAUCAGGAGUAAAUAGGUCAGGUCAUCAAAAUUUAGAAGAUCCCUGGAGAACAAAUGGUUUAGGAAUAGACAUUAUUUUGUCAUGCAACAAUGACAUUGAAACGAUUUUUUUCUUAUCACGCUGUAUUCGCUUUGAUGAUAACAGAGAUCGUCAAAGUCGUAAAUAUAUUGAUAACUUCGCAGCUUUUAGAGAUAUUUUUAAACUUUUUUUGGCCAAUUGUGAAAAUAAUUAUACUGUAUCUGAAUACACAACAAUUGAUGAACAGCUUGUUGCAUUCAGAGGUAGAUGUCCAUUUCGUAUAUAUAUACCAAGUAAACCUGCUAAAUAUAGUUUAAAAAUUCAAACUAUUUGUGACGCACAAACUUGGUAUACUCUCAAUAUGGAAUUGUAUACAGGUAAACAAAAAGAGGGGCCUUAUAAAAUAUCUAAUUCAGCCACUGAUGUUAUACUUCGACUAUCUCGUCCAAUUUAUGAUUCUGGGAGUAAUAUUAUGGCUGAUAAUUGGUUUAGCAGUAUUCCGUUGGCCAACGAGCUACUAAAAGAAAAAAUUACACUUGUCAGUACUAUUAGAAAAAAUAAAAAAGAACGACCAAUACAAUUAGUUUCUACUAAAAAUAGAGUGGAAAAUUCCACCUUGUUCGGUUUUGGAAAACAAAUGACAAUAGCUUCAUACAUACCAAAAAAAAAACAAAAAUGUAAUUAUGCUAUCUACUAUGCAUCUUGA